AUGUCGCAAGUCCACGCCAUGUCGGACGCUCAGGUCGACCAGGAGCUGAAGAAGAUGACGGCCUUCAUCAAGCAGGAGGCACUCGAAAAGGCACGCGAGAUCGAGAUCAAGGCCAACGAGGAGUUCUCGAUUGAAAAGUCCAAGCUGGUGCGCCAGGAGACGGACGCCAUUGACGCCAGCUACGCCAAAAAGUUCAAGCAGGCCUCCAUGACGCAGCAAAUCACCCGCUCCACCGUGGCCAACAAGACCCGGCUCAAGGUCCUGGGCGCCCGCCAGGAGCUCCUCGACGACAUUUUCGACGCUGCUGGCAAGAAGCUCGUCGACGGCUCCAAGGACGAGUCCAAGUACCGCACCACCCUCAAGAACCUCAUCCUCGAGGGCCUCUACGCCCUGACUGAGAAGGAGGUUAGCGUCCGGGGCCGGAAGAAGGACGCCAAGGUCCUCAAGGGUGCCAUCGAGGACGCCGAGAAGGAGUACAAGGAGAAGACGGGCAAGGAGACCAAGGUUAUCGUGGACGAGGAGAACGUAUUGCCCGAGGGAAGUGCCGGAGGUGUCAUUAUUGUCGGCGGCCAGGGUAAGAUCGACAUCAACAACACAUUCGAGGAGCGUCUGAAGCUACUUCAAGACGUCGGUCUGCCUGCCGUGCGGAAGACCUUAUUCGGCGAUAACCCGAACCGCAAGUUCUUUGAUUAA